AAUCACCCCUCUGUUCACUUGAAACUCGUCGUCUACUCACACUCUGGAAACCAAAAUGCCUACUGUUGUGAUUAAGCCAGGCGCCACGGUAUUUGUGACUGGUGCCAAUGGGCUCAUUGGAAGCCAUGUUAUCGAUCAGUUGCUUAAGAAAGGAUACAACGUACGCGGUACGGUAAGAGAUGUAGCCAAGGCAAAGUGGCUGAGUGAGUACUUUGACGCAAAGUACAAAGAUGCCAAACUUGAGUUGGUCAGCGUACCGGAUAUGCGCGUUGAAGGGUGCUAUGACAGCGUAGUUGAUAGUAUCGAAGGCUUCGUUCACGUCGCAUCCCCUCUUGAUGGCAUUUCCGAUGUCGAUGAGGCAAUCAAGAUUGCUGUGACAGGGGCUCUGAACGCCCUCAAGGCAUGCGCAAAGACUCCUUCGUGCAAACGCUUCGUCUUCACUUCCUCGUCUAUUGCCGCGACAUUCCCACGCCCGAAUGUCGAGUUCUCCAUCGAUGAGACAUCGUUCAACGACGAGGCAAUGGAAGUCCUGCGCAAAGAGCCGGGUAAGGAGGGGCUGUUUGUCUAUGCCGCGUUGAAGACAGAGGCGGAAAAGGCAGUAUGGAAGUGGACAAAGGAAAACAAGCCUGGGUUCGUAGUGAACACUGUUCUACCCAACGCGAAUUUCGGCCGAGUUCUCGUUCCCGAGCAUCAGGGCUACCCGUCAACUAUUGGCUGGACGCAUGAUGCUUGGAUAGGCGUAGAGACUGACAGGUGGACCUCAUGGGCAGGGCCACAAUGGUUCAUCUCGACUGAGGAUGAUGCACUACUGCACGUUUCUGCAUUGAUUCACAGCGACGUGGAUUCCGAACGCCUGUUUGGCUUUGCUGAGCCUUGGAGUUACAAUAAGAUGAUGGACAUUUGGCGCAAGCAGUAUCCCGAGAGGAAGUUUGCCGAUAACAUUGAGGGAAUGGGUGAAGAUCGCAUGAAGGUGCCUAAUGAGAGAGCGGAGGAAGUACUGAGGUGGGUGAAGGGAGCGGGCUGGGACAGCUUGGAGCAAAGCUUGAAGGAAAUGACUGAGAACUGGAAAUAAAGUGAACCGCUGCCGCUGAGAAUGUAGUAAAAGAGCUUUAGUCGAUGAUUGACGUGUCUAUCGAUUGAUUUAUACAAC